AUGCUCUUUGGAGGCUGGUUCCUUCUGGCCUUCAAUUCAAUCUUCCUUCUGUCCUGGGUCCUCUCCCCCAAAGGGUUGUGCCGAUGGAGGGGCAGUGGCCCAGCUCCGGGAGUGCAGGCAGCAGCAGCAACCACCACUGUUGUGGGUCUGCUGGUUUUCCCAAUCAGCCUAGCCUCUCCAUUCGCUAAGGAAGUGUGUGGUGCCUCCUCCAUGUACCGCAGCGGACAAUGCCAGCUGGGCUGGGGCUAUGUGACCGCCAUCCUCAAUGCAGUGCUGGCCAGUCUCCUCUUCAUCAUCGGGUGUCCCCUCACAGCCAAGACCCAGGGAAAGGCCAUCUUCUUCUCCAGGGACACUGAGAGAAUUGUCCUUGUACCAGAGACAAGCAAAUAA